AUGAAGCGACUAAGAUCCAGCGACGACGUCGAAUCCUACAAUGAUAAAAAUGGUGACGGAGGAGAAUCUCUCAACUCCGACCGACCUGCCUCUUCCUCCUCCCACCGGUGGGGUCGUCGGGGACCCAUAUCCCCUUCUAGAUACGACCGUGACCGUGAACGCCAGUCCGGAGACGAUGCUCUUGGUCCUGGGUUCUCGAGGUCUUUGUCCCGGAGGCGAUCUAGUCGAGACUUGGAUGAUAAUCGGAGGAAUGAGCAGGCGGAUGUCCGGUACAGCAGGGAAGAGAGGCUCCAUCGAUCUGAGAGCGCCGCUGGUUUCUCGAGGAGGGCUUUUCCGAAAGGGUUCCGUUCGGAGAGGGAGAGGCCUACAAGAGAAGCUAGCGUUUCUUCUUCAUGGAGGAGGUUUGGUGGUGACUUUGGCCGAGAAAGGGGAGGUCUUAGUUUGAGAUUGAGGGAUGGUGGUGAGAGGGAAAGGACUAGUGUCGUCAAGUCUCCUUCUCGGUCAAGAGACGAGCAGUCGAAAUUGAAAUUGGAUUCCAGAAAUUCUUCCCGGUCCAGAUCCAAAUCCAAAUCCCUAGCUUCCCCAACAUGGUCAAAGGAUUCCGGUAGUGAGCAGUCUAAGAGUGUUGGAAAUGUUGUCAAAAAAAGCGAGGAGGAAGUGCAGGGUAAGAGCAGUAGAUGCAGUAGCGAGAUGGAGGAAGGUGAGCUGGAGCCAGAGCCACAGCCACAGCCUCAACCAGAGACCGCAUCAGGGGCUGCUCAAGCUGGUGAUCAUAACAACGAAAGGAUUGACAGUAGCUCAGAAAAAAAUGGUGACUUUGAUGAUAACUUAUCAACAGUCGAAACUGGAAGUAGUAACAGGGAAGCCUGUCAUGUGGUUGGUGAUAGGAAACUGAAAGUUGCUGAGAGUAAAAACGAUAAGAAAAGUGUUGAGAAAGGGGAAAAUCUUCCUGAGCAUGGUUCUAAAGCUUUGUCUAGUGAAGACGAGCUUAGAGAUGAGAGAAAUACUGCUGUUGUCGAGGAGAUUACAGAUAAAGGUGACAAAGAAGGGCAAUACAAGGAGAACCAUGAAGUGAAGUUGGAAGAAAGUCUUGAACCUGCUGUUCCUGAACGGUUUCAGGAAGAAGAGCUUAAUCAAGUGAAGGGUAGUAGUGAUGGUGGUGGUGACGCCAACAAAGGAGAAGUUGAAGCCUCAAAAUGCGUUGAGGAAAAUGCUAGAUCAUCGCCUGCAAGAUACAUUAGCAUUGUAUCAGAUAGCUCCAACCACAAAAGCGAGGAGAAAGGCAAAAACUUGGAUGCUCCACUUACUCGUUUACUUGGAAAUGCUGUCUUUUCAGAAAGAAAGCCUGAGGAUCUUACUGACAGAGUUGAAGAUGAAGAUGGCAACAUCGGAGGACCGAGUAUUAGAGGGUUUGAACUGUUCUCUAGUGCUCCGGUUAGAAAAAAAAAUAAAACCGAGCAUUUAGGUGUCAAUAAGCCAAAGGAUGAGAAGUUGUUGUUAGAGCCACUGGAUCUGUCUCUUAGCCUACCGGAUGUAUUGUUGCCGAUUGGUGGUGGCCAGGAUACUAAUCAGCCUCUUGGUUCACCAGUCCGCUCUGAAAGUGUUCGUUCUAUGACAGACACGUUUCGUACUGAUUCCGAAGGCUUCACCAUGUCCAUGUCCUUUUCAGGUUCGCGUUCGUUUAAUCAUAAUCCAAGCUGUUCGUUGAAUCACAACAUUGGAGAUAAUGAGCAGUCAGUUCAUAGCCGGCCUAUAUUUCAGGGUAUAGAUUGGCAGGCACUGUCUCAUAACGAUUCGACGUACAACGAGAAUACAGUGUAUCAGAAAUUGAUGGAGAAUGGGAAUGGUUCAGUUCAUCCUCAAUCAAGGAAAGGCAUUUUAAUCCCGGGUCAAGCUGAUGAAGAGCAUCUUAGAUUGACCGAUGGGGGCUCUAAGGCAGCAAAUAGGGUUGAGAAACAGUUGAGUUUCCAGAAAAGUGUUGAUGUUAGUAGAUCAGCAUGUCCAAGAACGGUCUCUCUUGAAAAUGAUUCGAAGUUUCAUGUUGAGAAGAAGAAAGCCAAGGACUUUUUCGGUGGUAGCGUAAGUGGCCUGGACGCUGGUGGGGAUGAAUCUGUUGAGACGGUCAUAAGAUACAUUCUCUCCGACUCUAUGCAUGUGAUGACCAAGAGGUUUCAUGAGAUGCCCACGCGGUACAUAACUAGCCUGAAGGAAAACAUCCGGCAGAUGAUGCUGCACAUGGAUAAGAAUUCACAGCUUGGUGCUUUUCAGGAUGCUCUGCAGAACAGGACUGAUAUAACUCUGGAAUUGCUUAUGAAAUCUCAUCGUGCUCAGCUGGAGAUCUUGGUCGCUCUGAAAACCGGACGUUCUGAUUUCCUUGAGUUGGACAACAGCGUCUCUUCUACCCAUUUAGCUGAGAUCUACAUGAACAUUAGAUGUAAAAACCUUUCUUGUAGGGUUUCAGUGCCUGUGGAUGAAUGUGAUUGCAGGGUUUGUUCAAGGAAGGAUGGGUUUUGUAGUGCUUGCAUGUGUCUUUUGUGCUCAAACUUCGAUAUGGCUUCCAACACCUGUAGCUGGGUUGGGUGCGAUGUGUGUCUUCACUGGUGCCACACAGAAUGUGGGAUACGAGAGUCUUACAUCAGGAAUGGGAUCAGUGCUUCGGGUGCUACAGGAAUGACCGAGAUGCAAUUCCACUGCGUCGCCUGUAACCAUCCCUCGGAGAUGUUUGGAUUUGUCAAAGAAGUGUUUCUGAAUUUUGCCAGGGAAUGGAAACAUGAGCGGUUUUACAAGGAGCUGGAAUAUGUCAUCAAGAUAUUCUCAUCAAGCAAAGACUUUAGAGGGAAACAGCUGAGACAAGCUGCUGAUGCGAUGCUGGCAAGUUUGAAAAGUAAAUUGAUUGACCUUCCUGAAGCUUGCAAUCGGUUAUUGGGUUUCAUUUCAGACUGUGAUUCCUCCACUCCUGUUGAAACUUGUGAACCGUUGAGAUACGAACAGCCGAAACCAAGGCACGAGAGGGGAAGCCCGAGUCAGGACACGGCGUGGCUGAGAUCGGUGUGCUCAGACAAACCGCACCAUCAGCUGAAAAGGUCAGUAAGUGUACUUGAUGGUGGAUUCCAGAGAGAGAGACAAGGUGAAAUGUUCGGAGUGGAGACAAGUUUGAAAAGGGAAUCUCCAAAGGAGCCUCGUUUCGAAGAACUAGAGAGCAUCGUGAGAAUGAAGCAAGCAGAGGCAGCGAUGUUCCAAGGGCGUGCGGACGAUGCGAGAAGGGAAGCAGAGGGGCUGAAACGAAUAGCGAUUGCGAAGAAGGAGAAGAUAGAAGAAGAGUACAAGAGGAGAAUGGGGAAGCUGAGUGUGGAAGAGGCAGAGGAGAGAAGGAGGAGGAGGCUCGAGGAGUUGGAGGCAGUGGAGAGAGGGCAGAGAGAGUUUUACGAAAUGAAGAUGAGGAUGGAGGAAGAGAUGAGAGGGCUUCUCAACAAAAUGGAAGUGACGAAGCAGAGUCUGGCCUUGUAA